ACCAUCUCGUUCUUUGCCCUUUCACGCUCAGUCAACAAUCUCUCAGUCAAGCCAGCUCCUACCAGGCAUAAUCAGCUCAUCAGUUUCAUCAUGAGCUCCCAUCAGAACGGUGCAAGCGCGCCAGACGAGGAAGAGGAUGACUACAUGAACAUGACAUUCGAGGAUCCCGCGCCCAUCAAAGAAACAUCUCUACAACGCACACAACGCCUCAAGCGUGAAUCACGCGCACGAGGUCUUGUCAAGUCAAAAGAACAAAUUGCAGAAGAGGAGGAAGCCGCGCGAGAAAAGGCCCUGUCAACGUCGAUGCUCGAUGACGCAAAGGCCAAAAAGAGCAAGGGUCUUGCCAUGAUGGCCAAGAUGGGCUUCACGGGCGGUGGCCUGGGAAAGAAGACGGACGGUGGCAACGCACCGGGCCGGACAGAGCCGAUCAAGGUCAGCGUCAAGGAGGACCGUGGAGGUAUUGGAUUGGAAAAUGAAAAGAAGAGGAGACUUCGAGAGGCUGCGGAGGAGAGGGAUAUCAAAAUGGCCAAGAUGGACCCCGAUGAGUAUCGCGAGCGGGUGAGAAAGGAGCGCGAGGAUGCGAGACUCGAAAAGCAGUUCUUUGCGGCGCAACGCACAGCAGAACGGAUGGACGAUGAGAAGGCAGAUCCUCAAGGCCAACAUGCAGUCGACGCAUCAACAGAUGAGACCGAUGAUUCUCGAAAGAAGCCAGCGCCGAUAUCAUCUCGACCUCUUAAAUCAGUCCCCGUGCUAUACCGCGGUCUAGUUCGACACCGAGAAGAAGCAGAGCGCGAUCGACGGAUGCGGUACGACCUUGAGCAGUCGCUAUCACGGCUGCCAACGUACGAGGACGAUCAAGAAGACGCAGACGACAAGAGGGCGCUAGGAAAAGGGCACACGGUCUACGCUACAGCCGAAGAUCUCGACGAGGAGGAUGAAGAGCUGGAUAACUUCAAUGCCUUGGAGAUUGGUGAGCGACUCACGAAGUUGCUGGAAUAUCUGAGGGAGAAACAUCAGUAUUGCUUUUGGUGCAAGAUGGCAUAUCCGGAUUCGGAGAUGGAGGGUUGUCCGGGCUUGACAGAGGAAGACCAUGACUAG